AUAUUGGCAAUUAUGUAUUUAAAUGGGAUAAUGGAUCGCAAUUAUUGACGCGAAUGCUGCGCCUGCACAGUAGAAGAUAAAGGACUUUCGCAUCAUUCCUCGGAGAUGACUUGUUUGAAGUGGCGAAUGCGAUGAUUUAUAGUUAUGCUUCCUUCGACCGGUUACUUCAAAGCUAUCAACUGUCCGUUUUACGAGAACGGAUAUUGUGAGAGACCCUACUGUCACUUCAGGCAUUCACGUCGAGAUGGAGCUAGCACAUCUACGGUGGUCGCAUUGGAAUCUACUCAGACAGCUUCGAAAACACAAAAUGCCGACUCACCCGCCAUAGCGACUGCAAAUUCUGAUGUGAUUCAACAGCUUGUCUCCGAGGCGGUCAAGAAGGUGUUGGCCGAUCAAAAUGUUAAGGAUACAGAUAAUAUCAUAAGUCAAGUUGUGGAGGGAUUAAAGCCUAAAUUGGUUCCAUCCGUACUUUCUGUAGCACCCAAUCAAGAAUCUAAUUCGGAAGAUCCCGCGUUGAGUACACACAUGGGCAUACCCGUUAUACCAUCCACGUCGUUACCAUGUGUUUAUAAUCCAACGCCAAUUGCGGAAUUAAAAAAGAGGCAUAUACCUAUUACCGCGUACGAACCAACGAGAGAGAGUAAGGCAGUCAAAAGAAAGUCUCCCGACGUUGAACGACCUUGGAUGGAUGUUAUUCGUAAUAUUACUUGUAUUAAGGAAUCAAAAGUUAGUUAUACGCCAACUGUCAUUAAUCAAGCACUCGCGGUAGAAACAAAUUCUGUGCAUAAUUAUGUUCCAACAAUAAAGUCAGAAACUUCGUUGAAUUUGUAUGAUGUUAAUAGUAGCAGUAAUGACUCUUACAUUCCUGAAAAGAAAAAGAAAAAGGAAAUUUACUAUCCAAAACCCAAAAAACGUCGAGAAGAGUAUGUCCCACGGAAACCUAAAGUUCCAUUAAAAACUAAGCAACAUUUGGAAGAGGAUUCUUACGAUGUACUCGAUGAAUUUCUGUGUGGUUCUAAAUCCAAUGCCAGUAUUCCAGUUGACGAAGAAUCCCAAGAUUUGUUGGAUAUCAUUCCAAAAUUUUCAGACGAUGAUACCACAGCUAGUGCAGAUAUAACCAAAGAAGAAAAAAAAUCAGACAAUAUUGAAAAUAAAAUCUCACAAGAUGAGAAGGAGAAUAAAGAAUUAAAGAAAAGCGAUGAAAGUAAUAAUAGAAGUUAUAAUAAGAAUUCUAAUCGAUUAAAUAAAGAAAAAUCGAAUAAGCACGAAGAAUCGUUGAGACAUAGUAAGGAAGAUGUGUCAAAAGUUAAGAAUAGAUCAUCGGAAAAAUCGAGUAAGGAAGAUUCAAAACACAGUAAGCACAAAAAUAAUUCAAAGCAUAGUAAAAAUAAGGAUGAUGAUUCGAAACACAGUAAGAGUAAAGAAGAGAAUUUAAAGCAUAGUAAAAAUAAUGAAGAAGAUUCGAGGCACGGUAAAAGCAAACAAGAUGAUUUAAAGCACAAUAAGAAUAAAGAGAGAGUGGAGGAAAAAAGAGAUAGGGAAAAGGAUAAGGAUAAAAGUAAAGAUAAGCUAAAGCAUGGUUCAAAGAGUAGCGAGCAUUCUGUAUCGUCUUCAAGGGUUAGCAGAAGUAAAGAGAAGAGCACAGUUAAAGAUAAUAGAAACAGUAAGGAUAGCUUACAUCACAGUAGAAAAGAUUCUAAAUCUAAUAAAAGAAAAAGAUCUAACUCUAAGGAUUUAAAGAAUAGCAAGAAAGAAUGUAAAGAAAAAAGUAAGCAUAAGUCUGAUGAGAAAAGUAAGCAUAAGAGUAAAUCAAGUUCUUCAGAUUCAAAAAGCAAAUCGAGUAAACAAUCGCACAAAAGUUCAAACAAGCAUUCUAGUCACAAAUCCAAGAGAUCUAAUAAUAAAUCUGCAGCAGAAAGAGAAGACAGUGUGAGUGAUAAAAAUGAUGAGAAAUCAGAUCGUGAAAAUAAAUGUUAUAGUCCCGAAUAUGAAGAGUUCUCACCAUUUUAUGAUGAACAACUUCUUGAGACUUCUGAUUCGGAUCACGACGUCGAAGAGGAGUGUCGAAAGAUAUUUCAGGAAUAUGAAAUAUCCGAUCAUCCAAAAAGUGUAUCGAACAAAGCUCCUUCGAGACCUGAAAUCGAAGAACCUGAAGAGAUUUUCAAGAAAAGGGUCGCCCAUCCAUCUGCAAUCUCAAAUAUGUCUAAGCACGUUGGACCGACUCAACCUCCAAAACGCUUGCCAAAUCCGCAACAACGAAUGUACGAAAGAUGGAGAAUGAUGAAAGAAGUGGCGGCUGAAAAGGCCGCGGAAAAGGCCGCGGAAAAGGCAGCAGCGGAAAAGGCGGCGGCAGCAGCAGCAGCAGCAGCAGCAGCAGCAGAGAAAGCAUCAGCUAGAAAAGCUUUUGAAACAACCGUACAAAGAAAGCCAUUGGAAAAUAAUUCUCUAGCUCCCAAUGACCAUCAAAUUAAUGGCAAUGGUCGAAUUAGAAUAGCUCAAGUUCCGUAUGCCAUGUCUCUGGCAUUGGAGAAGAAAAAAGUCUUAGAACAGGCGGCUAAAGUCGAAACAAAGACCGUUGCUCAAAAUAAAAAAGGAAGUGCGCGCGUUGCUCAUAUUCCUCAAGUGGUGCCGCAAUUAAUACGUCCCGAGCCAUUACAAAUUUCUGGAACGCAAAAAUUUCCACUCAACGUGCGUCAAUUUUACGUUAACGCAAUGCAGAAUAUUUGCGUGCAAAUUUACACGAAUUCGGACGACGCGGCUCAGCGAGCCGUUCGGGAGGAAUUCGCUUGUUACGAGAGAUGUAAAGCCGUUAAUGUAUAUAAAAAUUCUUGUAUGCUGACUGUGCAUAGGCUUCGAAAGGAAGUCGAUCAAAAGUCUAAAGAAUCGUCGGCACCUCAUAGCGGAACGAUUUCACACGAAGCCGUACUAGCAGGUAAAGUAAAAGGUUCGUGGAGCGUUAUCAAGCCAAGAAAAAUAGUAACUGAAUUCAAAGGCGUGUCACUAUACAAUAUGUUGACUAAAUGGAUAAUGACGGAGCAAGAACUGAAGGACAACAGUUUUCCUAGACCACAUCCGGAUGGUCCAAAAGGUCGAGCAAAGUUAUAUUCCUCAAAUGCUAGGGGCCAAUCGAAUCUUUCCAAAGUGCCUAAUGAACGUUUUUGUUGCCGUUGUAACAAAGGAUAUAUCGUCGAUAGAAAUGGAUUUCCCAUUAGAAAAGAGAAUUGUAUUUAUCAUUAUGCAAGAAAAUUCACAUUCAGAGGGGAAAGUAAAUAUAUGUGUUGCAAGCAAGACGGCUCAUCGGAUGGCUGUUGCGAUGCAACGACACACGUUUGGGACUUUGUUGAUGUUGAAAAUCUUAGAGGAUAUGUUGCAACAUUUGAUAAACAUAUAAUUGCAGAAGAACAAGGUAUAUUUGCUCUCGAUUGUGAAAUGUGCUAUACGACACAAGGUCUUGAAUUGACACGUGUCACGGUAAUAAAUGAAGAUAAUCACGUUGUUUAUGAGACUUUAGUUAAGCCUACACAUCCAAUUAUUGAUUUUAAUACUAGAUUUUCUGGUAUAUCUGAGAAAGAUAUGGCGAAUGUUACGACAACGUUAUUAGACGUUCAAGCAACGCUUCUUUCCAUGUUUUCAUCGAAAACUAUACUCGUGGGUCACAGUCUUGAAAGUGAUUUUAAAGCAUUAAAGCUCUUACAUAAUACGGUGGUUGAUACAAGUGUUAUGUUUCCUCAUAAAAAUGGUCCUCCUUAUAAGAGGGCAUUGAAAAAUUUGUGCUCCGAAUAUCUUCGCAAAAUUAUACAGAAUGAUGUUGGUGGACAUGACAGUAAAGAAGACGCAACUGCUUGCAUGGAACUUAUUCUUUGGAAAGUCAAAGAAGAAGCAAAACUUCAGUAAAGUUAAUCUGCUAUUUUGAGAUAAAUAUCUACGAAAUCAGUAUUAGAUACUGCUGUACUGAUAACUGUAUUAUAAAUACUUGUAAAAUAUUGUAAUAUACACGCGGACAAUUUUCUGAUAAUAAUGUUUGUUUGAAAUACUCUAAUAAUAUUCAUUUCUUAUAAAUUGAUAACAUUUGAAUCAAGAUUAAUGUGAGAUCUGA